UAUAGAGGCGGUACUUCCUGUGCGGCCCGGCGGCUCUGCCUGAGCGCGGCGAGUGGCGGGGCCCGGCGGAGUUGGUAGCGCCAUGUUCCGCCGCAAGCUCACGGCGCUCGAUUACCACAACCCGGGCGGCUUCAACUGCAGGGAUGAAACAGAAUUCAGAAAUUUUAUUGUCUGGCUGGAGGACCAGAAAAUCAGACACUACAAGAUUGAAGACCGAGGGAAUUUAAGAAACAUACACAGUGAUGACUGGCCCAAAUCGUUUGAGAAGUAUAUGAAGGAUGUAAACUGUCCUUUCAAAAUGCAGGAACGACAGGAGACUGUGGACUGGCUGCUUGGGUUAGCAGUUAGGCUGGAGUAUGGAGAUAAUGCUGACAAGUAUAAGGACUCCACCCCUGAUGGUGCUAAACAUACUGACAGUACAGCCAAAAAUGCAGAGCCACUGAUUAACUUGGAUGUGAAUAAUCCUGAUUUCAAGGCUGGAGUGAUGGCUUUAGCUAAUCUGCUUCAAAUCCAGCGACACGAUGAUUAUUUGGUAAUGCUGAAGGCAAUUCGCAUUUUGGUUCAGGAACGCUUGACGCAGGAUGCCAUAGCGAAGGCCAAUCAGUCCAAAGAGGGUUUGCCCGUUGCCUUAGAGAAACACAUUCUUGGUUUUGACACAGGAGAUGCUGUUAUCAAUGAAGCUGCCCAGAUUCUGCGGUUGCUGCACAUAGAGGAGCUCCGAGAGCUGCAAACAAAGAUCAACGAAGCCAUCGUAGCAGUUCAGGCCAUUAUUGCUGAUCCCAAGACUGACCACAGACUGGGAAAAGUAGGGAGAUGAAGGGAUUGGAGCCUGCAGUCUCUCGUGUACUUAGUAUGGCUAGGCACUACGUACAGCCCUGUACAACUCUGGCAUGCAGUUUGCAAUGGAUGUUAUCUCACUGAUCUGAAAGAAAACAGGAAGUCGAAUUCUGACUGUUCUAGCAAAUUAUCAUCCUUCUUUCAAUAAAUGAAGUCGGGGAAGUAGAAACAAA